AUCGUCGUACAUACUACACUAUGAUAAGCAUUAAAAGCAUGGAUAGCAUGCUUUCUUUUAUUCUUUAGCCUUUUGCUUUUACGGCUUACACUGUUUACAGCGUUUAUUUAAUUAUCAUUAUCUUUUUAAAAUUUGUAAUUUGUAUUUUAAAUUGUUUAUUAGUACGCAAUAUUAAUAAUGGCUACAACCAAUAAACAUAAAGGUGGUUCUGUUUGUGCAGUUUCUACGUGUGUCAAUUAUUCUGGAAAAUUAAAACAAGAUGGAAUAUCUAAUAUAUCUUUUCAUAGGUUUCCAAAGAACUCGGCUCUGCAGAAAGAAUGGAUUCUGAAAUGUAAACGUGCUGACAAUUGGAACCCUUCUUCUUCAUUCAUAUGUUCUGCACAUUUUAAGGAUGACGAAUUUAUCCGUGAUCUACAAGCCGAACUAUUAGGAUAUGCUCCUAAAGGACGGAGAUUAAUACCUGAUGUCAUUCCCUCCUUAAACCUGCCUGGGCCUUGUAUACAAGGAAAUCAAGUUUCCACAUCAACUUCUAAUCGCAGUAAAAGAAUGGAAGCUAAAUCCUCCAAACAGGCUCAUGAUGAGGUUAUUACUAUGGCUCUUAAUACAGAAAUACAAUCAUCUUCAAAUGAGUCGACAUUAUUACAUGAUUCAACUGAAGAACCACCUGAAAUCAUUGAUUAUAAAUGUUUGUAUAGAGAUUUAUUGAAGGCCCAUGAUAAAUUAAAAACUGAUCUAAAUUUGCAAGAAAAUGAAUUGAUUUCUGUUAAAAAUUCAAAUGAAUCUUUAAUCAAGAUUAACGAAUCACUCCGGUCUCAACUAAAACAACUACAGAAAAAUAUCAGUAAUUUAAAUAUUUCAAUAAAAAAAAGUCAGAAAUCUUCAAGUAAACAAAUCAAACAAUUAUCUGUAAAUAAAACCAGGAAUAUUGAAAUUCAAGCCAGAAAAUACCUUUCAUCUGUUUUUUCACAAAACCAACUUGAUCUUAUGAUGAAAAAAAAGAAAAAAGUACAUUGGUCAAGAGAUGAAAUCUCUAAAGCAUUCACUCUUAGGUAUUUCAGCAAGCGUGCGUAUAUUUAUGUCAAAAAUGAAUUGAAUUAUCCAUUGCCUGGAAUAUCAUCUCUGCAACGAUGGGCUAAGAGUAUAGAUAUGAGGAAUGGAGUUCUUGGAGACGUUCUCAAAAUUAUGAAGCUGAAUGGAGAAGGUAUGCAAAGUUAUGAGAAGCUCACGGUUUUAAUGUUCGAUGAAGUUAAAGUGGCUAGUACUCUAGAAUAUGAUGUUGUACGUGAUGAAGUUAUCGGUCCUCACAGUCAAAUGCAUGUAAUAAUGGCUAGAGGUAUUGCAUCAAAUUGA